AUGCAGCUCCUGGCUCCUCUCAUCGCUCUUCUCGGACUGGCUGCCGCUGUCGAAGCAGGGUGCGGCGGCCCCACCGCCCGUGUCACGCCCCCUCCUGGCUCCAUCGUCGUCGAUGCUACCGGAGCGCACAGGGGCAGCUUCCGCACCUUGUCGCAGGGUGUUGCCAAGCUCUCCGCCUCAACCACACCGCAGACGAUCUUCGUGUACCCUGGUGUGUACAAGGAGCAAGUGGUCGUGCCGAAGCUCAACGGCCCGCUGAUUCUUCAGGGCUACACGUGCAACACCAUGGCGUACACUUCCAACCAGGUGACGAUCACCCAAGCCAAGGCUCAGAAGGACAUCCCCGCUUCGAUCACCAAGAACCGCAACGACCUGACCGCCACGCUGCUGCUCAAGUCCGACAACGUCAAGGUGUACAACCUCAACGUCGCCAACACGGCCGGUAACGUCGGCCAGGCCAUCGCCGUCAAGGCCGAUGGGGCCAACAUGGGCUUUUACGCGUGCAAGUUCCUGGGAUACCAGGACACGCUGUACGCCAACAAGGGCCCGAACCUUUACGCCAAGUCGUACAUCAGCGGCGCCGUCGACUUUGUUUUUGGCCAGUAUGCCAAGGCGUGGUUCGAGUCGUGCGACAUCGUGUCCAUCGCCAAGGGCUGCAUCACCGCUAAUGGCCGUGACUCCGCUGCCAACCCGUCCGAGUACGUCUUCAACAACGCGCGCGUGACUGGCAAUGGAGGCGUUGGAACGGCUUACCUGGGCCGCCCCUGGAAGCCCUACUCGCGUGUGAUCUGGCAGAACAGCGACUUCAGCAACGUGAUCAACCCGGAAGGCUGGCAGAAGUGGAACGGUGACAACAACGUUGCCAAUAUUCACUUCAAGGAGUUCAACAACCGUGGCGCGGGUGCUGCUGUCAAUAAGCGUGUGGGUUUCAGUGGAAGGCUUGCGAAGCCUGUGCCUAUCACGGAUAUCCUUGGCGCCAACUACAAGACCCAGUGGUGGGUUGACACCAGGUACUUGUAA